AUGGACGCUCGAAAAAAGAAGAGAAAGGUGCUCUUGAUGGGCAAGAGUGGAUCGGGAAAGUCGUCCAUGCGCUCAAUCAUCUUCAGCAACUAUGUCGCCAAGGAUGUACGGCGCCUCGGCGCUACAAUUGACGUAGAGCACAGCCACGUCAAGUUCAUGGGCAACCUCACAUUGAACCUGUGGGAUUGCGGAGGACAAGAUGCAUUCAUGGAAACCUACCUUGCUUCCCAGCGAGGUAACAUCUUCUCAGACGUCGCAGUCAUGAUCUACGUCUUUGAUAUCGAAUCCCGCGAAGUCGACCGCGACCUCGACACAUAUCACGCCAUAAUUGAAGCGCUCCGCGAAUUCAGUCCAAACGCCUACGUCUUCUGUCUCGUCCAUAAAAUGGAUCUGAUCCAAGCCGAGCACCGCCAACGCAUUUACGAAGAGCGCUCCGCCGUCAUCCGCAGCCGAUCAUCCGGGUUCCAAGUCGACACAUUCGCCUCCAGUAUCUGGGACCAAUCGCUUUACAAAGCCUGGGCAGGCAUCGUUCACAAACUCAUUCCGAACCUGGUUGUCAUAGAACGGUUCCUAAGUGCAUUCGCCAAGAAGAUCAACGCAGAGGAAGUCAUUCUCUUUGAGCGCUCGACAUUCCUCACAGUCACUUCUGUGACAUCCGAGGUCGGCGAAUUAAACCCUAUCUACGAUCGCCAUGAACGUCUUUCGAAUAUCAUGAAGGCUUUCAAGCAUUGUGCCGCCCGCAAUACUCUCACCACCCCUGCUUCUGCUGGCUUUGUUGUCAUGCACACCAAAACACCGCAGUUCAAUAUCUUCCUCGGUCGAUUCACGGAUAACACGUAUAUUUUCCUGGUCGUGCCUCCUGGCGAGGCAUCAUACAACUGCGCCGUGUUGAACACGAUGCUCGCCCGCGAGGGCUUCUCAAAAGCCGCGGCAGGUGGUGGCGGUGAUGGGUUCCCGCUUCCCCCGCCGGAAUCUUUAGACGAUUCCAACGGGACGAACGGAGCCGUGUAA